GCGGGAGCGGGCGUGCGCGUAGUCCAGGUUUAGGAACCCGUAGCGGCGUGUGCGGCUGGUGAGUGUCGCGUUGUCUGCCCGUGUGCGAGCGUCGCUGUCGGGGUGCCCGCGCUCGCUGCGGAGCCGAGCGUUUCCGCGGUUACUAGGCUUUUUGUGUUACUGGCCAGCUGUGUAAUGAAUCCCAGUAUGAAGUCAAAACAAGAAGAAAUCCAAGAGAAUGUAAAGAACAGUCCUGUCCCAAGAAGAACUCUCAAGAUGAUUCAGCCGUCUGCAGCUGGAUCUCUUGUUGGAAGAGAAAACGAGUUGCCUAAAAGCUUAUCCAAAAGGAAACUGUGGAAUGAUCAGUUAACGCCUACUAAGACUUCCGGUUCUGGAGUUAUUACUGUUUUAGAAUCAAGUGGAAAUGAAAAUGUUAGUGGAGUCACUGAAGAAGCAUACGACCUCAUGGUGAAAGAAAAUCCAUCUUCUCACUACUGGAAAGAAGUGGCAGAAAAACGGAGGAAAGCUCUCCAUGAAGCACUUAAAGAAAAUGAGAAGCUUCAUAAAGAAAUUGAGCAGAAGGAAAAUGAGAUUGCCCGCUUGAAGAAGGAGAAUCUGGAGUUGGCAGAAGUGGCAGGACACGUCCAGUAUAUGGCUGAGAUCAUAGAGAGGCUGAGCAACGAAUCUGUGGAUCACUGUGGGUCAUCGGAUAGUCAGGAGCUUGCUUCUGACGAGGACGUGGGUGAGGACCCCGAAGUGGAGGAUGUGGGUGAGGAUCCCGAAGUGGAGGACGCGGACGCUGCCUCGUGUGCUGAAGACACUUUGUCCUCUGCAUCUUCAGACGCAGAGCCGGGCGUGUGAGGCACACGCGUGCUUGACUUGAGAGACGCACCGCCAAGGCUGAUCUGCCAGGGUUCUUGGUAGCAGAGUGAGUUAACUGCGUAAGACAAAUGCUAGAGUCAAACCUUUUGGUUUGGAUGCUGGGACACCUACUGUUGUAUUAAAAUACCAAUAUGUAUUUUUAAUGUGUUUUAUGUAAAUAGCAUGUUCAUUUUCUCAGUUGCGACACAUGACUUGUGUAUAUGGUAAAUAAACUUGAAGUUCCUGUGG